AUGCCUCCCAAUUCCAAAAAACCUUCUCAAUCCAACCAAAAACCUUCUCAAUCAACUCAAAAACCAUCUCAAUCAAAUCCUAAGUUGGCCCGAGGAUCUCUGAUUGAAAAGAAAUCCAACCCUACUGGUAAAGUCCGACAGCAAUCUCGAUCACCAUCUCCUUUGUAUUAUGAUCAAGACGAGCCAAGUGAAGAGGAACAAAUUGAAAGUGAAUAUGAAGAUGAUCCAAAGGACUAUGAACAAGAAGAAAAUGGAGAUGGAGAUGGAGAAGAAGAAGGAAAUGAAAAUGAAAAUGAAAAUGAAAAUGAAAAUGAAAAUGAAAAUUAA